UCAUCCUCAGCAUCACCGAUUAUCAUCAUCUUCGUCACUCUUAUUGUCAGUCAUCUGCAUUCCAUGCUCCUCUGCAGCAAGUAAGUUCCCGUCUUUUCCGCCUAGUUUGGGGCGCCGGCACCGUGCGGAACCAGGACAGCAUAGUCCUGCACUGUUCACCUCUUGUUCUCCUGCGUUGGCUCUUCACACCUUAUGAUGCUAUCCGCAUGCUGCCGACGCUUCCAUCACCGUUUCUUUGCCUGGCAAAUCAGCGUGCUGCGCUGUCUUUUCCCCCGGUCGCUCGUCCAGUAGAAUGCGUGUGCCCUUCCCACCAGAGGAUUCUACUGGCCAUAUAAGAAAAAUUUUAAUUAGUGUCGUCCUCAGUUCCUUGAUCGGGCUCGCGCCCCCGUCUCCCAUCCCCUACAUGAUUACAUAUUACCGUUUCUGUUGUAUCUGCUCUUGCGCGCCCGCUGACACAAUAGCCAUGCUUCUGCCGGCUCUUCCUUAUAAUUAGUGGCCCUACAACCUCGUUCUCUCCAUGGCGUGCGUUCUCAGCUCUCGCUCUUGUUCUUCGUCUGCGUCCUCUUAUCGUUGUUCUUAUCGACGGUCGUUUCUUCUCUCCAUAACGUCACCACCGGUCUUCGUUUGUCCGCUCUCCCCCCUCCAUUUGUAAGCCAGGUGAGACAUCAGGCCCCUGACUCUCGACGCCUUGCCAAUCUGUACAUCUCUGCUUCCAAUUCUGCCCCGGAGAGAGACCUACACCGUGCUAAGGCAGACCGUCUUCCUCUCGGACAGGGCCCGACCGAUACAACGGAUCUCCAGGUCGGGACCGUCCUCGAUACACCCUGUCUUUCGCCGUCGACAGCUCUCUCCAACGAUUCUGACUCACUUCUGCUGCUGAUGACGCGAAAGACUCGUGCGACAAUCGCAGUGCUGUCGUCUCUUAUCGCAUAUGUCUCGAUAAACAGCCUGGUCCGGGCUGUCAACCCGAGUGCAUUCCUCUGGUACGAUGAGGACCACGAAGAGCCGCACUGGAUUGCAAGUUCUCACUCCUGGCUGGACCGAAAAGCCUGCCGAUUCUUUGGCCUCUGUGGCCUUUCUCAUUUUCGACUCGUAACCCCCACAUUUGGACAUCGAGUAAACCGCACGCAGAAAACACGGGUGGAAGAAGCUCCUUGGCACUCGUUCUGGACGAGCGGUGUCAACAACUGGGACGAAUGGGAUGACGCCGAGCGUGCGCGCCGGGAGAUCCCCGACUACGUCAUGGAAUAUGCUCCGUUUGUCUAUCUUUCGUCCGGAGAGCAGUUCUGGCCUAGCGAUAUUGCCGAACAUCUCUACCACACCACCCCGAUGCUGAAUUACACUCCGGUACAAUCCAAAUUCGACCAUCCAACCCUGGACGACCUCGAUACGCUAAAUCAAUGGGAAGGAGGACGCAAUGUGUUUCUGGCGAGCAAUGACAACGUGGAGGAGCGCCCUCCAUGGCUGGAAGGUGAGAGGAAUAUUCCAGAGCCAGGCUCUUCAGUGGAAGAGCCGUGGCCCGACUGGGAUGGUCGUGUAGAUGGGGAGCUUCCUGGUGACUCGGAGGAACAAGCGGUAUGGGCUGAACCCGAUCUUGAGCAUCUUCGGAAGCGGGAUGAGGCGGAGCCCAACCCAUUCCGUGAAGCGGAACAGCUCUUCCAGCAGGAACUACGCAAGCGCCAGAGCGAGCAAAAGCCCCUUGUACCUUCGCGGAACGGUGGGCGGAGUAAUGCACCCGCUGUCCUUCUCGUUCUGGAUAAAGGGAAUGGCAUCGUCGAUGCUUUCUGGUUCUAUUUCUACAGCUUUAACCUAGGAAAUGUUGUCUUGAAUGUGCGAUUCGGCAACCACGUCGGCGACUGGGAGCAUUGCCUCGUGCGAUUCUACCAUGGCAAGCCCAAAGCACUGUUCUUCAGCGCGCACUCGGCGGGUGAAGCGUACAGUUAUGAAGCUGUGGAGAAGAUCGGGAAACGGCCGGUCAUCUAUUCUGCAGUCGGCACGCAUGCCAUGUACGCGACCCCCGGGAUCCAUUCCUAUGUUCUACCGUUGGGUCUGCUCCACGAUCGGACCGAUCGGGGUACACUGUGGGAUCCCGCCCUGAAUUCGCACACAUAUACAUACGACCACACCAAUGAUAUCCUUCGAGCAUCUACCUUGAAUCCAGACUCCCCAACACACUGGUUCUACUUCAAUGGCCAUUGGGGAGAUAAAUUCUACCCUCUCGGUGACAGCCGACAGUACCGCUUUGCCGGCCAGUACCACUACGUCAAUGGCCCGAUCGGUCCCCGAUUCAAGUCUCUAGGCCGUCGUAAGAUGUGUCAAGGUUCCGAUAAUGGCAAUUGUGUAAUCCGGGAUUGGAUUGGCGAAUCGCGACGACCCAAACGCUGGGUCGCAUUUGACGAGGGCGAGUAUGUGCGCGCCUAGUGCUCUCUCGUUUUAAUAUUUCUGCCUCAAAACAAAAAUGCCCCUGCCCCGGAGGCAGACAUGUGGGCCUAGAAAGCGCAUUUCAGGGACCAAGCUCCUCUGGAGGACCUGACGUUCGUCCCUGCGCUUGAAACUCUAGACUAUGGAUUUGUUGGGGAGAUUUUUCUUUACGCCUGGGAGCGCUGUUCUUUUUGUUUAUUUUUGUUAUGACCUGUUGAUAUACCCCAUGUUGUUCCCUGCUUUGGAGAAGUGCUUGAUUUUCUGGCCUUGGUUAUGAUUUCGUCUAGAAUGGAUGGAAGAGAUGGAUGAUGUAAUGAAUCAUGCUAGACUAUUUAACUUGGAAUAAAUGCUACUAGUAUGUAUUGGUAAUC